GACCCGCUCAGGGCAAUAGUCCCGAGAAGAAUAGAACAGGUCAUCUCGCAGUACGUUCGCCAUUACUGCGCAUUAUAUGAACAUUGUCCAAAUCACUUCCCCAGUCCUCCCGUUGGGUGAAACGAUAUGAUUUACACCUGAUUACUCAGCAGAUAUAAAAAGAAGUCAGGUACCAAUUAGGAAUGAGAAGAUGACUAUGCUAAAGAUCGGAGUAUCAUCAGUGUUUGAACGGGCAAAGAUUGUAGCGAUCAGUCUCUUGAUGACACUAACCAUCUCUUGUGAGGCAUCCAAUAUACUGGUAAGCCCCCUCAUUGGCAAAGGAAGUCAUUUCUACCUCUCAGCUGCAAUUGGAGAACAACUCCUUACCCGGGGUCAUAAUCUAACCUAUCUUGUCAGUAACGCCUUCGAAGACCAUGUCAGACAGAGUCGUUUUGGUGAGAAGUUCCAUUAUGAAAUAUUCAAGCAUUCCAUCCCGGUAGACGAAAUCCAUGAGCAGUUCAACAACUUCAGCCGAUCUCUUUCACUACCUGGUAGGGGAAAUGAAAUGGAAGUUAGUUAUAUGAUACUCGCAACACGACGGAAUGACUGUGCCACCAUUCUGGGAGAUAAAAUGCUCAUGUCUCGACUUCGAUCUGCAAACUUCUCGUCACUCUUGUAUGAUAUUACCUGGGCAUGUGGAGCAAUAAUCGGAGAGGUUCUAAAUAUUCCAUACUUUGCAGUCGUUCCCUAUCCCAGUCCUUGCUUCCACACAGCAAGUGAAGGUUCAGGCUUCAAUCCAGCUUUUGUGCCGUCUAUGUUGACCUCUUACUCCCACAUAAUGUCUUUCAAAGAACGCCUAGUUAAUACAUUUUCUUUCAUAAUGCAUCGCAACUUGGCAAUACAAUUUUCGUUUAAACCUUACAAAGAAUUAUCAAAUCAAUAUAAUCUUCUUGACCCAUAUGAACUUAUAAAGAGGACAAAGAUGUGGUUUGUGAACAGCGAUUUUGUAGGAGAAUAUCCUUGUGCAUUACCACCUAAUGUCAUCCCAGUUGGUGGUCUUACAGCGAAGGAUCCUGAACAACUCCCAUCAGACAUUGAGUCCUUUAUCCAAGGUUCAGGAGGAGACGGUAUCAUCAUCUGUUCAUUUGGGACCUUUUUGGUACUGGACGAAUCAAACAUGGCACUGGUGAAGAUGUUUGUGGAUGCCUUCGCUAGGUUACCUCAAAGAGUCAUCUGGCUCUUAAAGACAUCACCACCGUUUCCAAUUCCGUCAAGUAUUAAGAUUGUCCCAUGGUUGCCUCAGAAUGAUAUCCUUGGACACCCUCGGACUAAAGCUAUUUUCUUUCACGGUGGUCACAACAGCUACUAUGAAGCUAUCUAUCAUGGCGUUCCUGCAGUCGUCAUGCCCAUCUUUGCAGACCAGUUUGGUGUCUCAAAUAGAAUCGCACAGUUCGGCUUGGGGUUGAAGUUAAAUAAAGAAGAAGUAACUUCAGAUUUGAUUUACGAAGCUCUUUAUGAAGUGACUUCUAAUAGGACAUACAUGCAAACGGCCAUAAGGAUGUCGGCUAAUUUUCGGAAUCGGCCAAUGAAGCCUGCUGAACGGGCAGCAUUUUGGAUUGACCACGCUAUCAAACAUGGUACUGAUAAUUUUGAGUUACCUGUAGACUCUUUGAAUAUUUUCCAGUACUAUCUUAUCGACGUUAUAGCUUUCAUAUCUGUGUUUAUGAUAUUUUCUAUUUACCUUUUAAUCAAAUGUACCACAGUAGUAUGCACCCACAUAUGUCGUUUUCGAAAUAUAUCUAAAAACAAGAAAAUUGAUUAGUUACAGAUGAAUAUCACUCAAUAUAUCCCCAUAUAUUUUGCGCACUUAUACACACAGUAUAAGUCAAGAAUGAAGUAGGACAAUACAAUAAGACAGAAACCAAAUCUAUCAUAACUUGCAAAGUAAACAAGAAAUCCCUUCGAAAGCAAAUGAUGCUCAUCCGAGUGACAAUAAUCCCAUGGAAAUUAAGAAUGUUACUAAGUAGAUUGGUAAAUUAAUUGAAGAUAAAUGUAAAGGUGCAUUUGUGAGAUCCCGUGAACAAUGGAUGGAAGAAGGGGAAAAGUCAUCAAAGUAUUUUCUCAACUUGGGAAAAAGAAACGGGAUAAAGAAACAUCUAGACUCUCAACGGGAUAAAGAUGUAUUUUUUAUAGAGAAG